AUCGGCUGAGUAUAAACAAUAGUUUGGAUUAAAUUACAAAUCAAAUACAAAUCGUAAACCUCUACAUAACAGAAUUAGCUCUUUAUUUCAUGAAUAACACGUAGAACAAAGCCGCUGAAACUGCUUCCCACGGAGAAUUUAUCAAUUGCCAAGCUUUGCGCGCGUUGUUCGGUUAGCUGAUGUAACGCGCAGGCAAUAACAUUAGAAUUAAGCGGAUCAUUGACGAGAAUUGACUAAACACCGAGUACCGAGCGAUGCGAGACUGUCUGUCGUGCGUCAGCCGGGCAUCGGGCUUCCUUAUCAUUUCACGGCCGACCUUUGCCUGAGUGCAACCCGAGGACGGGUUCAAAUCGCACGGUGAGAUGCUAAACUCACUAUACAUUAAGGUAUGUAAUCUGAUCAUUUUACGACCCAACGACGGCGACAAGAUGCGGAACAACGGCGAACAGUUGAGUAUCAAAACAAUUGUCAGUAGUUGUUGGUAUUUCCUACGCGAUGAGUGUUCUCGUAUGGAUCGGUAUUUUGGUUGGGCUGGAUAUUAGUUCGAUUGCUGGACAGGAUGUGAAUCCCUGUACGGUAAGCUUUGUCGAUGGAUCUUCCGGAUGGGGUGUUGCGAAUCAAACUUUCAAUGGGGUACCGUAUUGUGAAUAUUUGGGAAUAAGGUAUGCAGAGCCACCGAUCGGAAAAUUAAGGUUUAAAAGUCCAGUUCUGCUAGCUCCCAGUGGUUUUGAAGAAUACACGAGAAUAGGAAAUAUGUGCGCACAACUAAACACAUUGGAAUUGGCCUCGAAGGUUCUAGGAGAUGAGGACUGUUUGUUUCUUAACGUGUACAGUCCGGCUAUUUCUAAGGUCCCUGGAACGAAUCGAAAGUAUCCUGUUUUAGUAUAUAUUCAUGGAGGAAGCUACGCGAUUUGGUCUUCUCAAACCGAUAUGUUCGGUGUGGAUUCUCUCAUUGAGAACGAAGUUUUAAUCGUCAGUUUUAACUACCGAUUAUUCGUUUUGGGAUUUCUUCGACAUCCGGAAUUCAACAUCAGUGGAAAUUUCGGGUUAAAAGAUCAACUCGCUGCCUUACAGUGGGUUCAGCGAUAUAUUGAACCCUUCGGAGGCGACCCAAACAAUGUGACUCUCUUAGGGCAGAGUGUUGGUGCUCACUCGGUUACCUACCAUCUUUAUUUGGAUUCAUUCGGUGGAUUGUUCCAUCGAGCCAUCGCCAUGUCCGGCUCCCUUCUUGCACCGUCGGCAAUGAUCUACAAUCCGAAACAUUUCACUCCCGCUUAUUUGAAAGCAAUCAACAUUUCCACAAAAGAACAAUUGAUGAGUGCCCCAUUCCAGGAUCUAUUUCUACUAUUCUCGAUUCCCAGACGGUUCGUUUUUACGUCUAUCGGCUUACCUAUUUUCCUACCCACCAUUGAAGAUGAAAAAGAUCCUGAGGCUCUUAUUACAAAACCUGUCCAUGAAAUGAUCCUCGCGGCACCAGCCAACCAAGUUCCACUGAUGAUUGGGAUGACGGCAAUGGAGUUCAUUCCGUGCUUCAGUACUGCUCAACAUUUCUAUGCCGAUGAAAAUUUUCCAAAUCGAGACAAUGGAAAAUCGCUGAUGUUAGUUUCGGAUAUGCUGCAUACGGCUAGUGUUCUUUUUAAAAAGGUUCAACCGAAUGGAGCUGGACGGCAUUUCUAUGGAAAAAUAAGUGAUUUGGCGAAUAUGUACUACCCAGUGAAGAAGCUUCUGGAGCAACUUCACGAGCAAGAUCUCUACCGGGCACCUAUCUACUACUAUCGAUUCGAAUUCGACGGAAAAUUUGGAAAAUAUAAGAAUCAGUAUUACAAAGAGGAUUUGGAUGCAAGUUAUGUUGGAGCCAUGCACGGAGACGAUUUGGGUUAUCUGUUUUCACCGUACAAUGUGGAACAGGCGCUAACUAAUCGAAGUGAAUUUGAAACUGAAUGGAAGGUGGCCGAAAAGAACGUAGAGCAAAUUAGCAACUUUGUCAAAUAUGGUAACCCAACACCGAGGAAAACCGACAAGAUUUCGGUUUUGUGGGAACCGUUCAAUGGAAAUAACUCUGCUGCUCAGUAUUUGAAUAUCAAUGAUAGCAACGAGAUGAGAAAAGAUGACGAGUCUUCGAAUUUAAUCUUCCGGCUCUGGAGUAAGGUUCAUAAUUGCUUGUUUUACUAUAAAUGUUACUUGGUUCAAGAUAUACUACAACGAAUGAAGCAACUUUUAGAGCUUGACAGGUUGGACGUGAGCCUAGAGAAUUUAUUCGAUGACGAGAAUAUAACAUGAAAAGUUUUCCUGAAA